AUGAGCUAAAAUUAGGAAACUCGGCCCUUGCUACUCAAUAAUAGUUUGGAUCCUAAAGAUUCUCAAGACGACACCUUCUCUAAAAUUGAAGUCACUAAAUCUCUUAUUUCGCUAGCUAUCCCGAUAUCAUUUUAAACAGCAAUGGUUUAUAUGAAUCAGGUAGUCAACAUAUACUUCUGUGGUUAUGAUCCAGAUCCUGUUGUUGUUGCUGGUGCUGGUUUAGGUAUCACAUAUAUCAAUGUUGCAUUUAUUGCCGCAAGUUUAGGACUAAAUGGAGCAAUGCAGUCAUUAGUAGCAUAAUCUUAUGGAGCAGGAAACCACAGACAAUGUGGUGUUUAUGUAAACAGAGCGAGAGUGGUUGUUUCAAUAUGGCUACCUAUAGUGAUACUCAUUUCAUUUUUUUUGGGAAGCAUUUUAGCUGCUAUUGGAAUCAACUAGUAAACUGCGAAUGUAGCAUAAAUAUAUACAACAAGAGCUCUGCCAGGCUAUAUUGCUCUCAUGUACUUUGAUGUUGCAAGAUAAUUUUUGGUUGCACUGGGGAAACCUCUCUUAAGUACCUAUAUUUAAGCUAUUACUGGAAUAUUGCACGUUUUAAUUUGCUAUAUUUCAAUCGUGAAAUAUGAACUACCCUAUUAUUUCACUGCCUAUUCAACGAGUCUAUAAAUUCUAGCUAACUUUGGAAUUAUACAUCUCAUUUUAUAUCUUGAUCCCUAGUAUAAAUCAUCCUGGUUUAUAGGAGGUAAAGAAACAUUUUAAAAUCUUGCAGCCUAUGCUAAGUUGGCUGUUCUUUCAGGACUAUUGUAAUGUUUUGAAUAUGCAGGAUUUGAAAUAUUUUGCGUCAUUUCUGGAUAUAUAUCUGUUGCUUCAAAUGCUGCUUAGGUGAUAAUACUUACAAUCUACAUAUCUUUUUACUAGAUACCUCUAGGAAUAAUGAUGUCAAACACUACUAUUAUAGGAUAGCUAAUUGGACAAAGAAAGAGUAAACUUGCAAAGGCAUAGUCAAGUUUCAUCAUUAAGUUGAAUAGCAUAUUUGGUCUUAUCACUGGAACAAUAAUUAUCCUUCUUAGAAAACAAUUAUCAAGAAUUUUUUCUCAAAACGAUGAAGUGAUUGAGAUAACUUCUCAUACUUUGAUAUUUGCAGGUAUAUGUCAUGCGCUUGAUUUUAUAUAUUCAGUUUAAGCUGGUUCUAUAAGAGCUCUAACAAAAUUCAAUCAUGCAGUUGUAGGAGGAUUGGUAGCAUUUUAUGUAAUUGCUUGUCCAUUAGGGUGUCUAUUUGCACUUUAUUUAAAACUUGGUGUUCCUGGAAUAUGGUUUGGGCAAAUUAUAGGUUUAUUCCUUAUUGCUAUAUACUUUCAGUAUCUAUUAAGCUGGGGAUUCGAUUGGGAUUUGAUAACUUAGCAAUCGUAUGAAAGACAAAAUGAAGAUUUAUAGCUUUAGUUGAAAUAAGAUGACUUAUUGGUAAAGAAUAAUGAUUUUGAAAGUACCAAAAAGGAAGAUUAUUAGGCUAUUGAAUAAUAGGUUUAACCUUGA